GGAAAGGUGCAGCUCAAAGAAAGGACUGCUGCUGAUGCUCGGCUUUGUCCGUCCUGCCGCAAACCGAAGCGCGCAGCCGGCAGAGCUCCGUGCCAGCCGCACCGCGGGGCAGCAGCAAACCGGAUUGCUGCAACGCUCCUCCUCCGGCUUCGGAGGGGCGGGGAGCGGGACCCGGCAUCCUCCCCAUAUCCAUCCCGGCUGCCGCACCGCGGGCACAACCCCCCCCUCCUAACCCGCACCCCAUGGGCUGCGCGGUGCUCCCGGCCCGCAGCCGCCCGCAGCCCGGCAUGGAGCCGCUGAGCGGAGCGCUGAAGAAGAGAGCGACGGAGCAGCACCACCGAGCGGAGGUGAUGAUCGCCGGAGAACAGCUGAGGCUUCGCCUGCAUGAUGGGAAGCUCAUUAAGGACAGGCGUUACCACCUCCGAACUUACCCCAACUGCUUCGUGGCGAAGGAGCUCACGGACUGGUUGAUUGACCACAAGGAAGCCCCAGAUCGAGAGACGGGCAUCCGCCUGAUGCAGAAGCUGAUGGACCACUACAUCAUCCACCAUGUUUGUGAUGAGCACUCGGACUACAAGGACGCCAAGCUGCUGUACCGCUUCCGCAAGGACGACGGGACCUUCCCCCUCAGCAAGGAUGUGAAGGUGUUCAUGCGAGGACAGAGCCUUUACGAGAAGCUGGUGAGCGUGGAGGGCUCCAUCCUGAAGGUGAGGGAGGAGAACUCGGUGAAGUACCAGCGGGCGUUCCUGGGCAGCGAGAUGGUGGAGUGGCUGGUGCAGGAGGGAGAAGCAGAGAGCCGGAGGGAAGCGGUGGAGCUGGGCCAGGCGCUGCUGGAGCACGGGAUCAUUCAGCACGUCUCCAACAGGCACCACUUCCUGGACUCUGACAUUCUCUACCAGUUCUGGAUCAACUUCCGACGGCGGCGGCGUCUCACCGAGCUGCUCAGUGAGAAUUCCUCCCGUGCUCUGUCUGAGAGCCCCGACAGCCCCUUCUGCCUCCGCAAGCUCAACCCAGAGCCAGGCAACACCAGCUUUCUCUCUGUCCAGCCCAACAAGGAGAUCAAAGUUGUCUCAGCAGUUCGGAGGAGCAGCAUCACUUCCCUCGCUGGAAACUCCAACCCCUACUUCAGCAUUACUCCCACUCUGGUUUUCCCUCCUGUGGCUGAGUGCAACCCCAAAUCAGUGUUAAAGAGACCCGUCACCAAUGAAGAGCUCCUGUCCCCUGGGGCCCCCUACGUCAAGAAGAUGCUAACUAUCGUGGGGGAUGCUGUGGGCUGGGGCUUUGUGGUCCGAGGAGGCAGACCAUGCCACAUCCAGGCUGUGGACCCAGGAGGACCUGCUGCUGCUGCGGGCAUGAAGGUGUGCCAAUUUGUUUUCUCAGUGAAUGGCAUGUAUGUUUUACAUCUGGACUAUCAGACCAUCAGCAGCCUCAUCAUGACCGGACCACGGACUCUUGUCAUGGAAAUCAUGGAAGCCAUUGAAUGAAUGGAGGAGCCUUAUCUCACCACUGAAUGGAGGAGCAGGGCACUGCAAAGUAGGGAUGGACUGUGGGCAGGGACCAAGCUCAACCUUUCACUCUGAAAUGUUAGGCAUUUAAACAUAUUUUCAAAUAAACAUGUUCUAA